AUGGUUGGCAUCACGUUCGAUCGUCCCGUGGGACCGUACGCGGACACAAAGGAGCUCGAGUAUGUCUCGGCUCUGCAUCAGACCUGCGCCCCUCUCUUGCGUCAAGAUGGCUCUAUUGAAGCCAUUGACAUCUUGCAUUUUCUUCGCAGUCGUCAUGGCGUCGAAGUGGAAGAAGAUGUGGUGCGUCAAGCUAUUAUCAUUGAACUCUGUGGAUCCCCUGAGCUACAGGCUCGUUCCGAGGAAACGGCGGAAGACUCGAGUGACAUGAUCCUAAAGAAGGAGGCUGCCAAGGACGGCGAUGAGGAAGAAGAGGAAGAGGAUCCUGAACCCGCCAUGGAUAUUUGCCAAAUGCUGGCCUUGUUGUUGGUGCCGUUUCUUCGUAGUGGAAACUCGGAUGGCACCAAUCAGGAAGCUGUCUCUCGUGUCAUUGAAAUCGCCUUGGACACCAUCUGGGCAGAGUUGCGCGCUCAUGCGGUUGAUGUACAGGGAAGUGACACGGACGAAGGAGUCCUUGUCACCCCGGAAUUUCUGGGAGAGAUUCUAGAUUGCUUUGGAGAAUUUAGCGUGUCCAAGGACGUACUGAAUGAGAUGGUUCAAGCUGCCUCUGGAGACGACAACCAGAACAACGAACCACAGUUCUAUUUGACCAAAGCUAGCUUCUUGCAAGCUCUUACGGCGGAUACCCAAAUGUUUGAUCCCAACUUGGACGAGACACUGAACACACACUUUGAAGAGGCUCAACUUGCUCAUGAAAAGACAAUUGCCAGUGGAGGGAAAACAAUGCAAGACGAGUACGGGCCGGAGGAAGAGCCCGUCUUCAAAACCGUAUAUAUGGCGGAUAAUGUCGACAGCACCGCAGACAGCUAUCGCAGUACUCUUUGGUUCGUCCUUGCCUGGGUGUCGGCUGUAUUUGUGUAUGUGUGCUACAUGACCAACACUGACAUCAAGGCAACCAAAGAAGAUUUCGCGGAAUGGGGAUGCGACAACCUCUUUGGAUGCGAUCUUGCGAGGGCCUUGUUGAAUUGGUCGGUCAUCUUCAUUGAACUGAUGGUUCUUGGUUUGCUUUGGGUUUUUGUCACGACACUUGGUAACAGCACACACCCAACCAAAACCAUUCCACAAAAGCUCUUCACUACCAUUCGAAUUUUGAUUGCAAUGACUCUCACCCUUGCUGGCACCGUCUUGACAUUCUUCUAUCCAAUUGACCUUGGAUUUAUCAAUUCCGUCACAAUUAUCAAUUCGGAUUCGGAUGACAGCGGCAACGCAUUCUACGUGGCCGCUUAUUACAUUUGUCUCAUCUUGGGCUUCAUGAUGCUGCUGUGCCAACUUUUCCGCGUCUUGAGCAUGUAUUUGUCUAUUGGGCCGUUCACAAAGGGCAGUCGAGAAUACAAAGAACGAAGGACAAAGAGAGCGUCCACUGCAAAGAUUACGAAGCUUGUAGAGCACGCCACUUUGUUGCACGUGUCGCCGGAUGACGAAAGAAAGAGCUUUGCCAGUGCAAGUUCCGUGUUCAAAUCGACUGUUUCAGAAGCCGUAAAAGACGUGUCAAAGAAGCUUCACGAGAGCGUCAAGAGCCCCCGCCAGAGCAAGCUCAGUGCUGGAAGUGCCACAUCCAAGGUGCUGCUGAACUUCAGUAAUAUGGAACAUACGAAAGAAGAGACUGGUGGCGUUUUGUGGACGUUCAAAAAGAUUUUUGAUGGAUCUCUUUUCAAUGAAGAGGGUAUCUACCUUCACGGCAGGCUCCUUGCUGUUAAUUUUGCUCAAUUCCUUGUGGUUGGCAUCUUGUGUGGUGCAUUUGCCCUUGUCUACGUUAUUUUGGAUUACUUUCUCGCCAGGGGGGACGAUGGUUGUGACUUCAGGAUUCCUGGUCUUAUUGUCGAGGAAGGUACUUUAUCCAAUGUCACCAGUGACGUAGAUACCCUAGAAGGCGAGCUCAUCAGGCGCUUGCAGCAGUCAAAUAUUUUUGAAGCGAACAGCACCUACAACGAGACGGAAGACUUCGAUGGACUGGCAGAACUCUUUCAGGGUUUGGAGAAUGCCACCUUCAACAACGAAACGUUGGCCUCUGCGAUUGAGUUUAUUGAGGGGGUGGUUAAUUACGUUAGAGAGAACGCAGGGGAGUUGGCUGGUUUCCCCACAUGGACCAUGGACGACUGGAACAUCAAUGAAACGCACUUCUUUGAUGGCUUUCACUUGUUCGAAGGUCAAUUUCCCAACUGGACCCAGGAAAUUGAAGAAUGGGAUGGACGGUACCCUGUGAUCUGCUACGAUCUGUAUUCCGCAAACUUCACGGAAGUUUGGAUCAACUAUGAAGCAACACGCAACGAGCUACUUGAGCAGCUUCAAAUUGAGAAUUGGGAAUACCGCCUUGCGGCCUCUAUUGGAUUGUUAUUCGCCAUCUUUGCGGCCGUGACCAUUGCUAUGGUUUACGUCCCCUCUUUUGUCUCGUCGGCGCUCAAGUUUCGUUCAGGUUACGACCAGAGCUUGAAAGGAAACCAGGUCACAUUUUUGGGCUAUCGCAAAAGUCCAGAUCAGUGUUCCAUUCUCUACGGUUCAGCCUUUUGGGGCAUUUUCUUUUCUUCUGGUCUAGCCUUUCUCAUCUUUGGGGCCCUCACAUUCAUCCUGGUCUGGCCGCUCACUCAUGAAUGGGUCAAGACAAUAAUCGCCAAUUUCAUAGGCAUUGGCGCUACCAUUACCCUCAAGGUCAUUUUUAUGAUGUGUGUACGCAAAAGUAUCUUCGCCGGUGGCUUUUAUCGGAAGAAACCAGCUACUGCUGCCAUCACGAACGUAUUCCUUGAAGCCUGGAGUCUCGGAACAUCGAUUGGUACUGUCACCACGCGAGCUAUAACACUCAUAUGCGUCACAAUUUUCUUCAUUGGUCGCAUUGAUACCCCCUUGCUCGCGGACGGGAUUGGGUAUGUGAAAGGAACUCCCGUAGACAAGCCCCCCAUUGCGUUUAAGAAGGAUCUGUUGAUUCAUGAAGCGCAUCGCCACCCAUACAUGGAACGGCUGGGUUUGUUGUACUUGUUGAAAUUGCACGGGGGCAAGUCUUUUGGAACUAGGGCAGGUGCCUAUUGGCGCUUGUUAUUCACGUUAGCGCUGCUCCCUUGGAUGCGAAAGUAUCGUGUUUCCAGGGGCGUUCCCAUCUCUGACAAAGAUGACAUGGACGAUCAGCUGAGUACAAUCGGAGAAGCUACUGACGACAACGAGAAGCAAGCGGCGCUGUCGCACCCUGUGUCGGGUGGCGACCCUUUUGCGUGGGACGAAACAGACAACAUCGAGACUCUGGCGGCAAAGCGCAGGCAGCUCAAGAUCAAGCUCAAGGCGUUGAAUGCAACCUUGAGCGAAAAACUUAAGGAUUCCUCAUCUUUUCGCGCUGGCGCUUUGGACCAGGCCAGAUUGAUGGAAUCACAGCGACUGGAUGACCGACCGCACCAUCUCGACAGCUCUGAAGCCUAA